AAAAAACCUGCCAAAACUUUUCUUAACUUUUCAGCAAUGAAAUUUAGUAUAGUAAUAGUACUACCAUACCAAAUUUUCAAAGUGAAAAGCCACCACACAAACAUCCACAUAUUCAUUCCCUAUCGAUUAGAGAAACCAUCCCAAAAUGGCUCUCAACAUUAACAAUAGCAACAACAAACCCAAGAAAUCCAUUUCCUCUUCCCAAUCCAAUCUAUGUACCAUCCUUUUCUUCAUAGUUCUCUUCACCAUCCCAGCCCUUUUUCUCCUCCACACACCUACCACAUCCAUAUGCACAACCUUUGCCAACCAUGUCAAGCCUUGGUCGGGUGAUCUUCGAGCAGCCCAAUUUGCUUGGAACCGUCUUCUCUUCCUCCAAUACCCUGACCAACCCCCACCUAUUGCUCUCAAGAUUGCUGUAUUCUCACGAAAAUGGCCUAUUGGUACAACACCAGGAGGCAUGGAACGCCACGCACAUACUCUACACACCGCUCUAGCACGCCGUGGCCAUCAAGUUCAUGUCUUCACCUCUCCUAAUCAACUUGGAGUAAUUAGUACAACUUCUUCACCAUAUAUCCAUUGCCAUGAAGGCGAACCGGGGCGUUGGCGAUAUAACAAAGCUUGGGAGCAAUUUAUGGAAGAGAACAAACGUGAACCCUUUGAUGUGGUUCACUCGGAAAGUGUAGCACUUCCUCACUAUAUUGCAAGACAACUUCCAAACCUUGCUGUGUCAUGGCAUGGCAUAGCACUUGAGAGCUUACAAUCUGAUAUUUUCCAAGAUUUGGCUCGAAGACCAAACGAGCCCAUAUCUCCAGCUUUCAACAAUACUUUACAAGGGGUAGUCCCAAAGGUAUUAAAUGAAAUAAGGUUCUUCAAGAGCUACGCACAUCAUGUUGCUAUAAGUGAUAGUUGUGGGGAAAUGCUUAGGGAUGUGUAUCAAAUUCCUAAUAAGAGAGUCCAUGUGAUUCUCAAUGGAGUUGAUGAGGAUGAGUUUGGAAAAGAUUUGAGCUUAGGCCUUGAGUUCAGGUCUAGAAUGGGUGUCCCUGGUAAUGCAAGUUUAGUACUUGGUGUGGCUGGAAGAUUGGUAAAAGACAAAGGUCAUCCACUACUCUAUGAAGCAUUCACCAAACUGAUUUCAAAGCACCCUGAUGUGUAUUUGAUUGUUGCUGGGUCAGGACCAUGGGAGCAAAGGUACAAAGAUUUGGGGCCUCAAGUUCUGGUUUUGGGCUCUAUGAGUCCAUCACAAUUGAAGGCUUUCUAUAAUGCCAUUGAUAUAUUUGUAAAUCCCACACUUAGGCCUCAAGGGCUUGAUCUAACUCUUAUGGAGGCCAUGAUGAGUGGAAAGCCUGUAAUGGCAUCAAGGUUUCCUAGCAUCAAAGGUACAAUUGUUGUGGAUGAUGAAUUUGGUUACAUGUUUGCCCCAAAUGUAGAGUCAUUGUUAGAGGCACUUGAAGCAGUGGUGGAGGAAGGAUCAGAGAGAUUAGCACAGAGAGGACAGGCAUGUCGUGAAUAUGCAACUUCCAUGUUUACUGCACGAAAGAUGGCAUUGGCAUAUGAGAGGUUAUUCCUUUGUAUCAAAAACGAAUCAUUUUGUACCUAUCCUUAGGCUAUAUAGAGAUACAUUUAUUGCCCCCUUUU